ACACUGCAGGCAUGGGGUGUACAGGGAUGCGGCUGGUGCCAGGGUCACACUACUCCUUGUCAUUUCCCACUCCGAGUCUUUGGGCAGCCACAGGACAGAGGGUUUGGAACCAGGGUCCGCUGUGCCCACAAGGUCACUGGUGUUCAGGACCAGGGCCUUUGCCACUCCUCCUUCCUCGACCUUGAGUGACCUGCAGGGUGGUUUGCAGCCUGAUCCGUGUGCCUUCCUCGCCCUAUAUCUGGGGAGGGAGGGACAGGAUUAACAGAGACCAGUCCAGCAGACCUCCUCCACAGUAGCACACAGAGAGCCCCGGAACAGCUACCAUCCUGAGGAAGGGUCUACAGACAGCAAGUUCACCUCGGGCAGGAGCAGAAAGCAAAGGGAAGGCCCUGGACGCCCUGCCUGCAAUCCAAAUCUGCCAGAUCCAUCCACCGAGAUGUCCUUGGAGAAAAUGAGAGAUCUCCACCUGGACGGAAAAUACCUGGAAACCACAGAAGUGAACGGCAUCCUCAUGACCAAGCUGAUCAGCGACAACUGGGACAAGAUCUGGAACUUUCAGGCGAAGCCAGAUGACCUCCUCAUUGCAAGCUACGCAAAGGCAGGCACAACCUGGACCCAAGAGAUUGUGGACAUGAUCCAGAACAACGGAGACUUGCUCAUGUGCCAGCGCGCCAACACCUUCGACCGGCACCCCUUCAUCGAGUGGACGCUGCCCCCGCCCCUCAAUUCAGGUCUGGAUCUGGCGAAUGAGAUGCCAUCCCCCAGGACGCUGAAGACGCACCUGCCUGCCCAGCUGCUGCCACCCUCCUUCUGGAAGGAAAACUGCAAGAUCAUCUAUGUGGCGAGAAACGCCAAAGACUGCCUGGUAUCCUACUACCAUUUCUCCAGGAUGAACAAGAUGGUGCCCGACCCCGGCACGUGGGAGGAGUACAUUGAGGCCUUCAAAGCUGGAAAAGUGCUGUGGGGCUCCUGGUAUGACCAUGUGAAGGGCUGGUGGGCCAAGAAGGACCAACACCGCAUCCUCUACCUCUUCUACGAGGACAUGAAGGAGGAUCCAAAGAGGGAAAUCCAGAAGAUACUGAAGUUCCUGGAGAAAGACAUCACAGAGGAAGUUCUGAAUAAGAUCAUCUAUCACACCUCCUUCGACGUAAUGAAACACAACCCAAUGGCCAACUACACCACCCUCCCCACCAGCAUCAUGGACCACUCCAUCUCCCCUUUCAUGAGGAAAGGGAUGCCUGGGGACUGGAAGAACCACUUUACUGUGGCGCAAAGUGAAGAAUUUGACAAGGACUACCAGAAGAAGAUGGCAGAGAGUACCCUGACCUUCCGCACAGAGAUCUGAGGUCUUCCGGGGCAGGGCGGGUCUGCCCCAGGCUUCAUGGACUCCUUCCUCUGUCCUGUGCCAUCCACCCUUAGGUUGAGCUGCUGCUGUGACAAUGCUUCCUCUCAGUGUGACCAGCCCUGGGGAGACGUUCCCAACUGAGUCAACCCUGUAGACCCUGUCCCAGGAUGGUGUGCCUGCCUGACUUAGGCAAAAUAAAUGAAGAUCAAUUCCA